AGUCUCACUGUCAGCGUGUUUGCUGCACGACUUUGCAUGCAGAAGAAACAUUAAAUUAAAUUAUUAGAAAGCACAUCGCAUCUCAUCACACAUAGAAAAAGAAAAAAAGAAAAAAAGCAAACGGUGCGUGGUGGUGGAUUGCAUUCACAACAAUCAAUUAUCGUCCUUCAAAGCUGCGAAUCAUUCACCACUUUAAACACCACCCUUUUUCUUUCCCUUCCUUUCCCGUUAUGGGUUUUACCGCCCCACGUUCUCACUCUCUCUCUUCUUCUUCUAAUUCCCUCCCUCUCUUCUUCACUUCCUAACUCCAAAUUCAAAUCACGUGAUGGGUUACCUCUCUUGCAAUGCCGAAUCCGCCAUCGCCACCUGCGACCCACACUUCACCAGAACCACCACCACCACCCGCCGCCACCGCAACACCAUCACCGAGUUUCACUACACCGACCUCCUCGCCGCCACCAACUCCUUCUCCGCCCAAACCUUCUUAGGCAAAGGCAGCCACGGCAAAGUCUACAAAGCCACCCUCCACAACAACCACCACGUCGCCGUCAAAACCACCAAGCAUCCUCCCUCACACUCACACAAACAAAAACGCCACACCACCACCUGCACCGGCUGCGGCAACUGCACCAGCCCCGCCGAAAACGAGAUCGAGAUUCUCUCCCACGUCCCAAGCCCCCGCCUCGUCAACCUCAUCGGCUACUGCACCGACCCGAACGGUAACAAGCUCAUCGUCGUUGAGUACAUGCCAAACGGUUCGCUUCAUGAACUUCUUCACAAAUCGGCUCGACCGCCUGGCUGGACCAAACGGAUCCGGUUCGCGCUUCAGGUGGCGAAAGCGGUUCAGGCGCUUCAUUCGUCAAACCCGCCGGUGAUUCACCGCGAUAUCAAAUCGUCGAACGUGCUCAUCGACGGCGAUUGGAACGCCAGGCUCGGCGAUUUCGGCCUCGCGCUCCGGGGACACGUGGAGGACGUUCGCGUCAAGUGCACGCCGCCGGCGGGGACGUUAGGGUAUCUCGAUCCUUGCUAUCUUGCGCCGGGGGAUCUGAGCGCUAAGAGUGACGUCUUCAGCUUUGGGAUCUUGCUUCUGGAGAUUAUCAGCGGGAGGAAUGCGAUUGACGUGAACUUCAGUCCGCCGUCGGUGGUGGACUGGGCGGUGCCGUUGAUCCGGCGCGGGGAUUUCGAUGGGAUUUGUGACAGGCGGAUCGGCACGCCGUCGGAUCUUGUGGUGACGCGGCAGGUGGCGGUGCUGGCGGCGAGGUGUGUGAGAUCUUCGGCGGAGAGGCGGCCGGCGAUGGUGGAGGUGGUGGAGUGUCUGAGAUUGGUGAGGAAGAGGAUUCACGCGUCGCCGAUUUGGAGGAGGUUGAGGCGGCGCGUGGCGCGUGCGGAGAGUGAGAAGAUGAAGUGGGAAGUGUAUGAGGGUGAUUGUGAUGGGAGUGAGGAAGUUGUGAGGGUGGUUAAGAGUGGAAACCGCAGGAAUAGGAAAGUAUCCAGUGUGCCAGGUGUAGAGUAUGAGGGUAGACCCUCUUCCAAUAAAGUGGUGAGAUCUAAAUCCAUUGGUUCUGGUUCUGUGAUGAGGGGUGGUAGUAGUAGGAGUGGGGUUAAAAAUGAGAAUGAGUUUAGGAGAUUGAAGGGUAAAAUGGGAAUGAUGAGAGAGAGAUUGGAUAAGUCCCAUUCAAUGGGGGUUUUGCAAGGAGAGGUCCUUUUACAUGAUGGCAAUGAGGGGAUUCAAUCAAGAGAGAUGAUGAGAGCAAUGUCCAAGUUGGUGAUUACGGAUAAGUUGGAAAGGAAAAUGCUUGAAAAGCCGUUGGUUGACUCCUAUCAUUGGGAGUCUUAGUCAAAGAUUCAACAUGAGUUAAUCUGCUCACUGCGGAUGCUCGUGCUAAGCCGUGAAUGAUUUGUCAUAAAACGCGCUUUAUUUCUAUAAGCGAGGUUCAUAUUUCUUACCUCAUGAUUAAGAGAUGAUUAAGAGGUGAAGUGAGCUACUCGCACGCCGCACCUCAUGGUUGAUAAGGAAGAUUUCUGAAUGAGCAUUAAAUUGCCUAGCAAAGAAAAGGGCAAGCAUUGGAUUAUUGCGCAAUUGAAUUUGAAGGAUUGUUAGUGAGAUAUUGGUUAGGUAGUGUAAUCAUGCGAGUGAACUAUUCUUUCAUUACCAUCAAAACCUGUUCAGGAAUAAUGGGAGGGAAGUAUUUGUUGUUUAUUAUAUGUAUAUCUGUUUGUGUAUAGUUUGUCCAGGUUUGAAAACUCAAAUUGUUUUGUGUUUGCUGCACUUCUUUGACCAAAUGUGUAACUUAAUUUUGCACUACUAAUAUUUUAGAGAAUCCGUAAAUUUUGUUAUAGACUUGAUUUUGAAGGAA